UCUGUCUCCUACUCUCUCUUUCCGGCAUCUUUACGAUCCGUGCGUGAACACACUUUUUGGAGUGUUCAAUAAUUUUGAUUUCGCCGCGUUUCCAAACCUUCCAACAUGCCGCCAAAGUUCGAUCCGAAUGAGGUUAAGCACGUGUACCUGCGAUGCGUAGGUGGAGAAGUGGGUGCCACUUCGUCCCUCGCCCCGAAGAUCGGUCCGCUGGGUCUGUCCCCGAAGAAGAUUGGUGACGAUAUCGCCAAGGCGACCGGCGACUGGAAGGGUCUGAAGAUUACCGUGUGUCUGACGAUCCAGAACCGACAGGCUGCCAUUUCGGUUGUUCCUUCCGCCGCUUCCCUGAUUGUGAAAGCCCUGAAGGAACCGCCGCGGGACCGCAAGAAGGUGAAAAACAUUAAGCAUAAUGGCAACAUCACCUUCGACGAAGUGAUCAACAUUGCUCGCGUCAUGCGACCGCGAUCCAUGGCCCGUGAGUUGGCCGGAACGUGCAAGGAAGUGCUAGGAACUGCACAGAGCGUUGGCUGCACCAUUGAUGGGCGCUCCCCUCACGAUGUGAUCGAUGACAUCUCGAGCGGUGCCAUCGAAAUUCCUUCGGAAUAAGCCUGCACGUCCUGUCCGUCGUCGGUAUAAAAAACAUCGUGUGCUGACAAGGUUUCCCUGAUGCAUCUACCGGCGAACGUGUUAAAUAAAACAUUAAUAUGUAAAAAAACACACA